AACUGAAUAUCUUCAUCAUACUAAUGAGCAUGAAGUCAGGUAUAAAAAUCUUAGCUUGGAGAAAGAGCAGUUAGAAAAUAGUUUUCAUCAGUUUCAGGUUAAACACAACAGCAUGGUGGAGAAGAAUGAUCUAUUUCGGGCCAUAACUGCUAACUUAACCAAACAGAAAAUUCAGCUUCAAACACUUAAUAGUAAUCUAGUUAAAGAGAAAGACAGGUUUCAGAUACUAAGUAACAAACUGGCCAGAGAAAUCAAUCAAUCAGAAACUAGCUAUAAGGCCAUGGCUGAUCAGAGAGAUAAAAUACAAAACUGGUACAACAAUAUUACAGAUGAGAAAAAUCAGUUACAGAUACUUAACACUAACCUAGUUGAAGAAAGGCAUAAAUUGCAGUCCCAAAAUGAUAAUCUGACCAAAGAGAGAAACCAGAUACAUUUGGAGAUGGGUGGACUUCAGAAAGCACUCUCUAAUUUUGGGUGGAAAUACUUCAAAUCCAGUUUAUACUCCAUCUCUACUGUGAAGAUGAACUGGACUGCUGGCAGACUGCAUUGCAAUGAGAGUGGAGCAGAUCUGGUUGUCAUAAACAGCAAAGAGGAAAUGAUUUUUGUUCAUAGCUUGAUCAGUAAUUUGGGAGCCUGGCUUGGCGUAACUGAUGCAGAGAAUGAAGGGGUCUGGAAAUGGGUGGAUGGCAAAAAUCUGACCACAAGUUACUGGAUAAGGGGGCAGCCUAAUAAUGGUGGUAUACGUGGAAAUGAUGACUGUGCUGUUAUUGUUUUUAAAGAACCUCCACUGCGGAGCUGGAAUGAUAUGCCAUGCCAUUAUAUUUCUUUUGUGAUAUGUGAAAAAAGUGUGUAAGACAUUCAGUGAAGUUUAUAAAUAUUUUCAUUUUGUUAUUCAAUUGCAAUGACUUGUUAUAUUAACACUUUUUGGGAUUCAUGUAUGUAUUACAACAAUAACUAACUGCCAUUAACUAAUUAUUGAAUGAGUAAUAACAGCCUAAUAAAUGAACAACUAUGAAACCUACUAUAUUUAUUUACAUUUGCAUAUUAGUGUUUGUAUUUUUGUAUUCAAUUAAAACAAAUCAUGACUUCUUUUUGCAUUUAAUUCCAUGGUUUUUACAUAUUUUCACAAGACUGUAGUGAAAUCAGAACUAUUGGUUUCCUACUAUUGCUCAAGUGAAAGGGGAGUUUACCCUAAAAACUUGACACAUCAGUUUACAUUUUUAUACAGUUUUUAAUACUAAAUAAACAUUUCCUGUAUUUUCUGGAUGUAUUCUGUUAAAGACCGAGAAACAAUUAUAUAUGAUCACUAUUGCAAAAACAACAAAUCAAAUUCUGGCAUGGUGGCCUAAGACUUUACUGUAUAUUUAAGUCAUUUUUGAAGCCUCUUAAAUGAUGGACAAAAUAUAUAGAAACAUAUAGAAAUUUUGAAGCAAAUUCGUAGCAAAGUCAAGUCAUGGCCACCACCCAUAAUUUUGACAGAGCCACCGCACAGCAGCACCCCUUAUAUGGUAAAACUUUGUGUAAUGCUAUUUUUAUUAUUUUAUCAUUUGUACAUAUAAAAUGUUAGCAAAGUGUAUUUGUACAAAGAACAAUGUUUAAACCAAAGACUAAUCCAGAAUUAGCUCUACCAUGAACAAUGCCAUGUAUGUUGAUUUCAUUUAUUUAAAUUUUUUUUAUCUGUCUUAUUGUGUUUGUCU